CGAGUCCCGCCCGCGCCCUUGUCGCCCAAUUCCUUCGUCAAUACGAUCACCCGAUCGUCUAUUAACGCUGCGGAAUGGACCGUGGAUUGACCGCCAGCGAAGAGGACUUGGUGGAAUACGUCUUCCAUGACAUCAAGGCCCGGCGAGCCGGCAUCCUCAAGGCCCUCACCGCCGAUUUUGAGGAUUUCCACCAACAAUGCGAUCCUGCAAAGGAAAAUCUGUGUCUUUAUGGAUUUCCUGACGAGCACUGGGAGGUUAAUUUACCUGCAGAUGAAGUUCCUCCAGAGAUUCCAGAGCCUGUAUUGGGUAUUAACUUUGCAAGAGAUGGAACGAACAAGAAGGACUGGUUAUCUUUGGUUGCUAUACACAGUGACGCAUGGUUAAAUGCCUUAGCAUCUUAUUUCGGUGGGAGGUUUCAGUUUGAUAGAACACAAAGGAAACACCUCUCAGUUAUGAUAGCUGAUCUUCCUACCUUAUGUGAAGUAGUAAGUGAAAUGAAUCUACAGAGGGUCUCUGGUUCUAAACACAGCAGUAAUAAAUCGAAGUCAAAUUCCAAAUUGAGGGCAUCAUCAGAGCAUCAGGCCAAGAAAUCAAAAUCAAAGCAUAUCAAGGAAGAGGUUGAAGACCUAAAUGGCAACGACAACAAUGACGACGAGGACAAACAUCUUUGUGCCUCAUGUGGAGGGAACGACUCUGUAGGAGAUUACUUCUGGAUCUGCUGUGAUGCUUGUGAGAAGUGGUACCAUGGGAAGUGUGUGCGGGUCACCCCCGCAAAGGCUAAGCACAUCAAGGACUACUGUUGUCCGAGGUGCAGCCACAGCAAGAGGAGGCGCAUCUCAAAAGGCCACAUCUGCCAAAAGCCUCUUUGAGGUAUUUGUCUCUCUUGGUUGGCAUCAUGGUAACCAUGCCAGAGUUCGUUUACGACUUACUGCAGGCACCAGGCGUUUCCCUUUUGCACGGGUUCACUCUGGAAACUUGUAGCACAGUUGGUUCUUAGUUUUAGUGAAGGUGACUCUUAAUUAUAGGGCAAAUUUUUCUUUGAUCGUGUACAGGUGUUCUAAUUCAUUAUGUCCAACAUGAUUAUAUAGUUAUUUGGAAUCCUUUCCUCUUGAGAUUUGAAAUCUGUAUGUUUGACAUAUCUGAGAUAUGGAAGGAAACAAGUAUAUUGAAUCUAAAGGGAAUAAUAUGGUGAGUUAGAUUCGUGAA